AUGACACACCCCAUUCGCAAAACCCACCCAGUAAUUAAAAUCAUAAAUACCGCAUUAAUUGAUCUACCCGCUCCAAUCAAUAUUUCCGCCUGAUGGAAUUUUGGUUUCCUUUUAGGGAUAUGUCUUUCAAUUCAAAUCUUUACUGGAUUAUUUUUAUCUAUACAUUAUAUUCCUCAUAUUGAUUUAGCUUUUUCUUCUGUAUCUCACAUCUGUCGAGAUGUAAAUUUUGGGUGAUUAUUACGUGUUCUUCACGCAAAUGGGGGCUCAAUAUUUUUUAUUUGUCUUUAUAUUCAUAUUGCUCGAGGAAUUUACUAUAGCUCGUUUCAUCUCUAUUUUACAUGAAUAACAGGUGUAGUUUUACUUAUUCUAGUUAUAGCGACUGCUUUUUUAGGAUAUGUUUUACCUUGAGGCCAAAUAUCAUUCUGAGGAGCAACAGUAAUCACUAAUUUAAUUUCUGCAGUGCCAUAUGUAGGGUCUAUAAUAGUACAGUGACUAUGAGGGGGAUUUUCAGUUGACAAUGCUACAUUAACUCGAUUUUUUACGCUCCAUUUUAUUCUACCUUUUGUGGUUCUGGCUAUAGUUGCUAUUCAUCUUUUAUUUUUACAUCAAACAGGUUCUAACAAUCCUCUAGGAUUAAAUAGAAAUGCUGAAAAAAUUCCGUUCCACCCUUAUUUUACUAUUAAGGACUUAUUUGGAGUAGUAGUAAUAGUGUGGUUAUUAAUAAUUCUUGUUUUAAGAGGCCCAUAUUUACUUAGAGACCCAGACAAUUUCAUUCCAGCCAAUCCUUUGGUGACUCCCACUCACAUCCAACCCGAAUGAUAUUUUUUAUUUGCAUAUGCAAUUCUUCGAUCCAUCCCUAAUAAAUUAGGUGGGGUUGUUGCUCUUCUAGCAUCUGUUGUAAUUUUAAUUAUUCUACCACUGUAUAAAAACAAGUUUAUAUCAUCUAGAUUUUAUCCUUUAAACCAAAUACUGUUUUGAGGUUUUAUUAGCAUUUUCAUUUUACUUACAUGAAUUGGGGCCCAAGCUAUUGAAGAGCCUUUUUAUACAUCAGCACAAAUUUUAACAUCAUUAUAUUUUUUUUACUUUAUUCUAUCACCACUUUUAAGUGUACUAUGAGAUUAUGUUAUGGAAUAA